AUGCAAAGGCUAAUGGUAAAGCUGAAUCUUCAGACGAUCAAACAGACGGUCAAACAGACGGUCAAACAGACGGUCAAACAGCUAUUCAAGAAAGCUGAACGUGAUGGUGAAGACCCCUGGUUAGCUUUGCUAGACCAUAGGAAUACCCCUACAGAAGGUCUAGGAACCAGUCCUGCUCAAAGGCUUAUGUCUAGAAGAACACGAACUCUAAUACCUACAGCAGCAAGUGUUCUCCGUCCUGAAAUAAUUCCAGACUCUACAGAGCAGUUAGAGUGGAAAAGGCGAGAGGCCAAGUUUUACCAUGACCGUAUUGCAAAACAGUUGCCUGAACUGGAGAUUGGACAAGAAUUCCGAAUUGCACCCUUGCAGAAGAAUCAAACGUGGAAGCAAGCUACAUGCGUUGAGAAACUCUCAGACAGGUCCUACAUGGUCAAAUCUGGCGAUCAGACCCACAGAAGGAAUAGGCAGUUGUUGAGACAUGCAGCAGAGCCUAUAACUCAAGGCAAGCAAAGCAACACGGAUGGUACAACCUUACCUAGUGUCAAUCACAAGGAAGUACCCACAGUACCGACAUGGCCUGCCACACCUUUAAGUCCAAAGCCAGUAUGCUCAGCACCCGCGAGUCCUACGGAGCAUUUAUUCAACACACGCAGUACUUUAUCGGUCUCUCAGAUGACAAGAACCCGGAGUACUCGUUUACCGUCCAGAUUCAAAGACUUUGAUAUGAAACGUUAG